AUGCAGACGUACUGUGUCGUGGCGGCGGUGUUGGUGGCGUUGGCCGGCCUGGCCUCCGGCCAGGAGUUGGUGAGCUCCACCUGCCUUGGCUGCAUCUGCGAGGCCUCCACUGCCUGCAACACCACGCUGGGUUGCACGUCGGCCGGCUACUGCGGCCCCUUCCUCAUCUCGCGGGCCUUCUUCCUCGACUCGGAGCUGCAGCAGGAGGCUAACUUCGCUUCGUACUCGUACGAGUCGUGCACCUCCGACCCGUUCUGCUCGGCGGCCGUCAUCCGCAAGUACAUGGCCAAGUACCCGCGCGACUGCGACGGUGACGGCCUCAGAACAUGCUCCGACUACGCCAUGGUGCACAAGACGGGCCCCAACAGCUGCGCCAACAACCAGGCGGCACUGAACAGCGAGUACUGGAAGCGGUUCCUGGCCUGCCUCAGCUUCUACCCCAACGCUUAG